AUGGGUACCCCGGGGCAGCCUGGCUACCGGCAGGAGACGGGCCGAUGGGUGAGCUACGAGGAGAAUUACGACCCAGAGGCGGGGGGGUGGAGCCAAUCACACAUCUCCUACCUCACCUUCACGAGCCUGGUGCACCUGCGCCGGACCCUCAACACCGGGGUGGUGUUGCUGGACAUCAAGGAGAACACGCUCGCCAGCAUCAUGGAGAGGAUAGUGGAUGAGAUGGCCAACAAGAAGGCCAUUGAUCCUAACAACAAAGAUGCCGUCCUAAAUGCCCUUCUCCAGAACCGAGGCUCUGACGACAGCCCGACACAGGAGACGCAGCCUCUAACAGCAAGUGAGAUGAAGACUUAUUCAGUUGCUGAAAGGAGAGAUGCGUCUGACAAUGUGGAGGCAUCUAUGGUGCUUGUUGGUGCUCUGGACUUCCUAGAGCGACCCACUGUGGCGUUUGUGCGUCUGAAGGAGGCUGUGGUUCUGGAGGCGGCUCUGGAGGCCCCUGUUCCGGUCCGCUUUGUGUUCGUGCUGAUUGGACCGACUAAGAGUGACAUGGACUACCAUGAGACAGGCCGAGCCAUGGCCGCUCUUAUGGCUGACAGAGUGUUCAACCAGGCGGCGCUGCAGGCCCAGAGUGAUCUUGAGCUGACCGACGCCGUGGCCGUCUUCAUGGACUGCAGCAUCGUGAUCCCGCCCACCGAGAUCCAGAGCGAGGCCAUGCUCUCGUCUCUGAUUGGCUUUCAGAAGAAGCUCUUGCAGGACAGGCUCCGCCCCUCUGACCCAAAGGUCCGCCUAGACCUCAAACCCCGGAAAGCGUCGAUCUCCCCUCUGCCACCCCCUGAGGACCCGCUGGUGCGUACGGGUGUGCCAUUUGGCGGCAUGAUGCGGGACUUCAGGAGGCGUUACCAGCACUACAAGAGUGACAUCACGGACGCACUGAACGCACAGGUCCUGGCUGCGGUCAUCUUCAUCUACUUCGCCGCUCUUUCGCCCGCCAUCACCUUCGGAGGGCUUCUGGCUGAUAAGGUGGAUAACAUGAUGGGCGUGCCUGAGCUCCUGAUCUCCACGUCGGUGCAGGGCAUCAUCUUCUGCCUGGUGGCCGCCCAGCCUGUGCUCGUCAUCGGCUUCUCCGGGCCACUGCUUGUGUUUGAAGAGGCCUUCUAUGCGUUCUGCAAGUCCCAGGACAUUGAAUACAUUGUGGCUCGCGUUUGGGUUGGUGCCUGGUUGGUGGUCAUCGUCGUAGUGGUAGUUGCCGUGGAGGGCAGCUUCCUGGUCAGGUUCAUCUCUCGAUUCACGCAAGAGAUCUUCUCCAUCCUCAUCUCCCUCAUAUUCAUCUAUGAGACAUUUUCCAAGCUUGGCAGGGUCUUCAAAGAACACCCUCUCAUCCUGAACUACGACCGCCUGAACGACACCCUAGAGGACCCCUGGUACCCGGUGGUGUUCAAGGAGCAGAUCCCUGACAACGCCACAGGCAACAUCACCAUGGUGACCAAAACAGUAACGCGGGCGUACCCCAACACGGCGCUGCUCUCCAUGUGCCUGAUGCUCGGGUGUUUCUCCAUCGCCUACUACCUCCGCAUCUUCAAAAAUGGCACCUUCCUCCCAGGAAAGAUGCGCCGUCUCAUGGGAGACUUUGGUGUGCCCAUCGCCAUCUUCCUCAUGAUCGUGGUGGACGUCCACAUCGAGGACACCUACACGCAGAAACUGGUGGUCCCUAAGGGUCUCCAGGUGUCCAACCCACAGAUGAGAGGCUGGCUCAUCAACCCAUUCGGGGAGCAUAAGACUUUCCCCGUGUGGAUGAUUUUCGCCAGCGUGAUUCCCUCCAUGCUCGUCUUCAUUCUCAUCUUCCUCGAGUCUCAAAUCACCACUUUGAUUAUAAGCAAGCCGGAGAGGAAGAUGGCCAAAGGUUCUGGGUUCCACUUCGACCUGCUGCUUCUCGUAACCAUGGGGGGUCUCGGUGCCAUUUUCGGGGUUCCCUGGCUGAGCGCCGCCACGGUGCGCUCAGUCACCCAUGCCAACGCCCUCACCGUCACCAGCAAGGGCCCCAAGCCCGUCAUAGAGAAGGUUCUGGAACAAAGGAUAAGUGGAGUGCUGGUGGCUCUACUGGUUGGCCUGUCCAUCCUCAUGGAGCCUAUCCUGAAGAUGAUUCCAAUGACAGCUCUCUUCGGGAUCUUCCUCUACAUGGGCAUCACCUCGCUCAGCGGCAUCCAGCUGUGGGAUCGGAUACUGCUCCUGCUGGUCCCCAAGAAAUACCACCCCAACGAACCGUACGCCACCAUGGUGAAGACGAACCGGAUGCACCUGUUCACCAUCAUCCAGCUCGUGUGCCUGGCCUUGCUGUGGAUUGUGAAGUCCAGCCCUGUCUCUCUGGCGCUGCCCUUCAUCCUCAUCCUCACCAUCCCGCUGCGCAUGUUCAUGACUGGAAGACUCUUCACCGAGGUUGAGAUGAAAUGUCUGGAUGCAGACGAUGCCAAGGUGGUGCUGGAGGAGGAGGUUGGAGUGGACGUGUACACAGAGUCGCAGAUGCCCCUAUAGAUACCCCCUGCCCCUCCUCUGUCAGUCAGAUGCCCCUAUAAAUACCCCCUGCCCUUCCUCUGUCCGUCUAAGCGAUUUAAUAACAUCUCACACAGAAGACGUGUAGACAGAAUCCCAUCUCACACACAAGACGUGUAGACAGAAUCCCAUCUCACACACAAGACGUGUAGACCGAAUCCCAUCUCAAACAGAAGACAUGUAGACAGAAUCCCGUCUCACAGAGCAACUGACAGCAGAACUGAUCGGGACUGAUUUUUCACUGAUCCACAGCAGAAAUGCCACCAGACCUGUAUCUAUAUGUAUAUGUAUAUGUAUAUGUACCUAUAUCAUUUCCAAAACCUUGGCGAUGUGCAACCAUGCCUCUCUAGCACAUACAAAUGAACAUAUUUAUGUUUUGUUUCAUUUUGAAUACCACUUGGAUUCUCUGCUCCUCUGAAAACCCUUUCUCCUCACUAAGGCAUGAGUGGUGCACACUGAUGUUUUCAUCUUCUUGUUUGUUCAGUGUAGAAUGAAAACUCUUAUAGUGGUUCAUAAUUCUCAUAAUGGGCUACCAUCCAAGCACACGACUGAUACGACACAUUCUAAUGUCUCUGUACCAAACAGAUCCCUCUCAUUGCCUGACACCAAUCUGUUUGCUCACUGGUCUGAGUCCCAGGACUGACACUUUCAAUGAGCUUUCAAUGUCAUUCUUAAAAACUCACUUAUUUCUAUUGUAAUGUUGCCUGAAAUUGUGUAACAUGCCUUAAUGUGUAUUGACAGGUCAUUCAUUUUGAAACAGACGUCCUGUAUUUCUUCCAAAUUAAUUGCUGUGUGGAAUCCAACACCACAGCUAGCCCUUUCAUUGUCCUUUGAUAUUUGCUUAACAUUCCUUAAAACAUUAAAGUGUUUCUGUUUCAUAGUGAACAGAUCUUGCCUUGGAACAGUCUUAACUUAACAGAUCUUGCCUUGGAACAGUCUUAACUUAACAGAUCUUGCUUGGGAACAGCCUUAACUUAACAGUUCUUGCCUGGGAGCAGCCUUAACUUAACAGCUCUUGCCUGGGGACAGCCUUAACUUAACAGAUCUUGCCUGGGAACAGCCUGCCUAUACAGUAGUCUUUUACAUUGUUUUAUAGCUUUUACUGAUUUACCUAACCAUUGACGUAAUGUAUUUAUAAUCUUCAUAUAUGUCAUCCAAUUUUAUUUUGCAUAUAUGAAUUUUCUUUCUUUCUUUCUUACUUUGUCUUUGAUUGUCUUUUAAUUACAGUGCUCUCCUGAUCUUUUACUCUUGUCCUCUCUUGAAGUUUUCGAGUCUUUGUUGUCAUUGUAUCUCAAAUUGUCAGUGCACUUUCAAUUCCAUGUUUUGCAUUAAACGUGCUACAUAUCUGUCCUUUAUAUGUCCUAUAUGUAGAAGAAGUCUGGUGUGUUGAUUGAUGGUCUGGCUGAAAGAGAUUUAUAUUUAAGAAUACCUGCAGUCCCUAGAAUAAAAUAUUUGACCUCUG